AUGGAAGAAGAACAACAUCAAGAUCUCGAGAAACCCAUCAAUGGAAUCCUUCGAAAUCUCACGAACACUCAGUCACGAGAAGAAUCAUCUAUGAAUCAUCAGAAGCGAGAAAUCUCUUGCCACUACGCUCUAAGGGAAAACCCAAAGAAGAAAACCCAGAAAUCGUUUGGAUUAGAAUCACCAGAAUCAAUGAAGAAGAUCUUGUUCCGUUGCGUAGAAUGUGGAAAAGGGUUUCGGUACGAGAAAUGUCUUUCGAAUCAUCAAAAGGUGAUGCAUUUAUCGACGAAGCUGAAGAAGAAGGUUCAUGAAGAAGAAGAACCCAUGAAGAGUCUGUGUAGUAACUUCAGUCUUGUGACGAAGAAGAAGAGAUCGAGAAUUAUCAGGUACAAGAAGAAGACUCCAUUGUCUUGUUCGUUUACUACGUUUCUUGAAACUCGUUCUGUUUCUGCUGAGAAUGAUGAAGAAUUAGAAGUUGCAGAGUGUUUGAUUCUUUUGUCUAAGAGUUGUCCCAAGUUUGUAGACGGAUUGAAACUUGUUGCUGAAGCAAUUGAAACACCUAAAGGUAGCUAUGAUUCUGGUUGUUUGAGAAGCAAGAAACUGCGAAAAGCUGGUGAAUUUGAAUCUGGGUUCUUCAGUUGUGAGCAAAAACUUAUGGAAGAAAGGGUUAGAUGUUACGAAACAUCGAAAGAACCAGCUAUUUUCUUCAGGGACAAUAACAAAACCGGUGAAUUUGGAUAUGGGUUUCUGAGUAACGAGCACAAUCUGCUGGAAGAAGGGAUUAGUAGCGAUGAAACAUGGAGAGAACCAGCGAGUUUCUUGGGACACAAGUCUGGAUUGGAUCAGCAGAAGCUACGAAAAGGCGGUGAAUUUGGUACCGGGCUUUCGAGUAACUUUGAAUCAGAUAGUGAGCUUGGAGUAGGAGCUAUGAAGUGUUCUGAUUUUAAUACUGAGAUUGUUACUGAAGCUAAUGAAGAGAAUCUUGAGCAUCAAUGCAAGUUGUGCAACAAGAUAUUCUCGUCUUAUCAAGCUCUAGGUGGUCAUCAGACGUUUCAUAGGAUGAGUAAAAACAAGAACAAGAAGCAUUGUUGUUGA